AUGCGCGGCAUCAUGGCCAUCUCGGACAUCGUGCACGACCCCGAGAAGGUGUGCGAGGCGGUGCGCGUCGGCCUGGCCGCCAAGCUCAUCGACCUCAUGCAGGACGAGGACCCCAGGGUGCGCGAACGCAGCUGCGCGGUGGCGGAGACGCUGGCCGGGUACUCGGUGGGGCGCGACGCCGUGCUGGCCGAGCCGUACACGGUGCCGGUGCUCAAGAUGCUGACCUUCGACCCGGUGACGGCGGUGCGCUUCCGAGCCGCGCUCACCCUGCGCAUCCUGGCGCGCUUCCGCCUCGGCCCCUACGACCUGGACGAGGCCGACCUGGCGCCCUUCCUCGUGCACCUGCUGCUGUGGGAGGUGGUGCACGAGAUCAUCGCCGUGCACCUCGCGGCGCUGCAGCUGUUACUGGAACUGGAUUCGACGAAGGAGAUUUGUAUUUACCAAGGAGCCUUCAACCCGUUGCAUGCCUUCAUGCAUAUGCAUCUAAUGCCUCAGGUGGCGGCUGGUGCGAUGGAGUGCAUGUCGCGGCUGGCGUCGUGCACGCUGGGCAAGCUAGUGGGCGACCAGCUGGGCAUCGUCAGCAGCCUGCAGAUCCGCCUCAUGCUGUGCGCGCCCGACCCAGACCUCUGCCGCAGCGCCGCCAUGCUCGUCAUGAACCUCACGCACACCACCCACGGCAAGCAGGCCGCCGUCUACAGCGGGCUGAUGGAGCCCCUCCUGGAGGUGGCGAAGCACCGCGCCAACCGCGGCGCGCAGCUGUGCUCGCUGCAGGCGCUCACCAACAUGGCGGAGAACAUGCAGUGCCGCGAGUUCCUGCUGGAGAUCGAGGACGACCUGGAGGAGCUGGAAGUGAGCGACGACGACACGGAAGGCGUGCGCCAGCGCCUGCUCGCCGUGGUGCGCUGGAAGCCCUGAGCCACUGCCCG